AUGUUCCGCAAAUUGCAGUGGGGUUACCUCAUUCUCGCUGUAUUGGCUUUUUACCUGAUAUUGGGAUAUUUUGCUGAGCUGGUGUGCAAUUUUGUGGGAUUCGCUUAUCCGGCUUACGCAUCUGUUAAAGCCAUUCGUACAUCGGACAAGGAAGACGAUACACAGUGGUUAAUGUAUUGGACAGUAUUUGCAACGUUCUCGCUUGCUGAUUCUUUUGCAUCUUCAAUCACUUGCUACCUGCCUACCUAUUGGCUCUUCAAGGCAGGAUUUUUACUAUAUUUGUAUGUGCCGAACUCAAAUGCAGCAGAGAUGCUUUUUCAUAAAGUAGUAAAUCCGACUAUUUCAACGAUCGAUGACUUGAUUAUUGCUUACGAGAAGAAAAGAUUCUCAAAUCGAAAUAAGGAUCGACAGUUAUUUUAA